UAAGAAAGUGAUGGAAAAAUGUUAGUAAUACAGAUUAAACUUGAAUGUGUAUCAUGUGUAUGUUAAAAAAGCUAGUUGUUGCUCUCGUCUCCCUCUUUCCUCUGUUUGCCGCCACCGUCAUGGACACUGGCCGCCUGCAGCCCAUCAAGCUGGCUCGGGUCACCAAAGUUCUGGGCCGGACCGGUUCUCAGGGCCAGUGCACCCAGCUGUGCGUGGAGUUCAUGGACGACAUGAGCUGCUCCAUCAUCUGCAACAUGAAAGGCCCCAUGCGGGAGGAAGACAUGCUCACCCUGCUCCGAACGAGAGGCCCAGAGGCUGUGGUGAAACCCGCCAGUGGAGGCCCUGUGGUAAAAAAUGAAAGUUUUUAA